AUGGCUUCCACCAUAGAUGGUCUUCCCCGCGUUCGACCUGAAGAUGUAGGCUGCGACCCUAAGGAUAUCCAAGCCUUCCUCGAUGAGGCCACCGCCGCCUCGGACGUCGAGCUACACGGCUUCAUGCUGUACCGCUCGGGCGGCGUAGCUGCAGAGGGCUGGGCUUGGCCGUAUCAGCCCGAUUUGCCUCACAUGCUGCACUCGGCCACCAAGAGUUUCACCUCGGUUGCAGUAGGCCUGGCUGUUCAAGAGGGCUUCUUCAAGCUUGACGACCUUGUUGUUUCCUUCUUCCCAGAUCGUGUCCCCAAGGACGCCUCUGAGAACCUCAAGCGCAUGACCGUAGAAGACGUCCUGACCCAGACCAGUGGCCAUGGCCACGGAGAAUCCGGCGGCGAGUGGCGCUCCAUUGAAACCAGCUGGAUUGACAAGUUCUUCUCUGUUCCUGUCGACUUUGAGCCCGGCACAAAAUUCACGUAUUCGAGUGCCACGAGCUUCAUGCUCUCUGCCAUCGUCUCCAAGACUACGGGACAGCCUGUCCGCGAUUUCCUCGAGCCGAGGUUCUUCCGCCCGCUGGGCAUCAAGUUGCUGACCUGGGAUAUUGGUCCAGAGGGUAUCAACCCCGGCGGCAAUGGAAUUUCCUGCCUUACAUCUGACUUUCUGAAACUGGGCGUCCUGCACCUGCAAAAGGGCGAGUGGAAUGGGAAGCAGAUAUUGCCCAAGGAGUGGGUUGAAGCUGCAAACAAGUCGCAGCGAGGAAACCUGUAUGGCUACCACUGGUGGACUGAUUCGGAGGGAAGUGCUUGGGCCAGUGGUAUGUUUGGCCAGUUUGCCGUCGUCUAUCCCGAACAUGAUGCGGUACUCGUCACGAAUGCUGCCGUUCCAUCAGGAGCCAGGCCGCUGCAGGCCCUCAUUCAUCGCCACUUCCCAAGAAUUCUUAAGGACAAGGCUGCCGUGCAGCAGAGUCCGGAAGCUACCCAGCAACUCGCAAAAACAAUCUCUGAGUUGCGCGUGCUCCCAGUCUUCCAAAAGACACCACCCAGCCCAGGGCAACAGACGGUGAAUCGGGAAAGAUUCGUUGCCAAGGACAACGAAGACGGCGUUGUUUCGUUUGCGUUGGAUUUUAAGAGCGACUCGCUCCUUGUCUUCAACCUUCAAGAUGCUCGCGGCUCCCAUAGAGUCCAGGUGGGACUUGAUGACUGGCUUUGGGGCACGACAAGCAUCUCCGGUGCCAAGUUGCACCAUGGAUACGAGUCGACCACGGUCCCCGUGGUAGCCGGAGGUGUGUGGACGGCCGAGAACACCUUUGAAAUAACCAUGCAAUACUCCGAGAUGGCAUUCUGUGACAAGGUGCUGAUAACUUUUGCCAAAAACUAUACCACCGCGAAACUAGAGCGCAGUGUCAACGUGAACUCGUUUGGAACGAAACGCCCGGCCGUCUGGGCGAGCGUUUUGGUUAAAGGAGAUGAGCUUCAGUCAAACGACUUUGGAAUAGAAGACUCGAAAGCCACAUUUUCAACAGGGGAGAGCACCAUUGGUGUUCUACUUGAUAACCCAGCCACACGAACGAUUCUCUUGGAGGAAGUUCCCGAUGUAGUGAAUAACCCUCGUAUCGACAAGGGUCGGCUAUAUACAUUUGAUAUUAUAGCGCAUCAUAUACCUGGGCUAGAUCAUGAGACACUGGCAAGGAUUAACAAGAAGUUGGCUCAACUAUAG